CUGGCUAAAGAGCUUCAGUUUUUCUGAUAAUUACCUGACUCUGUUAAGCAGAAACUCAUGGAAAAAUGAGUUUUACUUAAAUGCAGGAGAUGCUCAUGUACUUUUAAACAGGCAUGCUUGUUUUCUAGAUAUUUAUCUUAAUGGUAGAUGUAGUUGUACUCAAAAUCAGAGCCUUUAAAGAAUGACUGAAUUCUGUUUAAAGUUGUGUUGAAAAGAAAAAAUGUGACCUCAUAGGUACUUUUUCCUGUGAAUUACCAUGAUUUCAAAUAUCUCUAAUGCUUUAAUUUUUUUGCAGGUUAAUAAGCUUCCUGAAGCAUUGUUAUGGAGCUAGAAUGGGAGUGAAAGGAGUUUUAAUUGUUUACUUCCAAUUAUCUAUUUUGAAGAUAGAAGUAUGAUGUUAUUCUGGGCCUUAUUUUUGAAAUUUUAAGCAUUCAGCUGGUCAUAAGAAACAGGAGUUAAUCUCAAUGUUUGUUUACUUAUUUGCUUUUAUUUCAGUCAGAGUAUUUCCUCUUUUCUAACAAUAACAACUAAUUAAAAGAUUGAAGUUCAAAAUGGCUUGCUCUAGCUUUUUUGUUUUAGCUUUUUCCUACAAGGUACUUUAAAUUAGUCUCUGACUUUUAAUAAAUAUUUUGAUUGUAAUCUGUCACUUGGAUUCUGUAGCUUUUCUUUCGAUUGUCCAACAGUCCAGCUUGAACUAGGACUGCAAGAGUGCAAUAUGCUUAUGCAAGUGAAAUAUACUUUAUUUAGUACUAUACAUCAUCAGUAUAAAAGGUCAUUUUUUAUCUCCUGUAAUCUAAGAGUUUUACAACUACUCAUAUGGUGCUUAUUUUUACAACUUUGACAUUUUCUCCAGGUAUAAGUUUAUUUUAUCACACAAGUUCCUCACGGCCAUAAUGAGGCUAGUAAUUCUUGAAGAUUAUGAUCAGGCUAGUGAAUGGGCAGCAAAAUACAUCUGUAAUCGUAUUAUCCAAUUCAAGCCAAGUCAAGGAAGAUAUUUCACACUUGGUCUACCAACAGGGAGUACACCUUUGGGAUGCUACAAAAAGCUGAUAGAAUAUCACAGGAAUGGCGAUCUGUCUUUCAAAUAUGUAAAGACUUUCAACAUGGAUGAAUAUGUAGGGCUUCCCAGAAAUCAUCCAGAGAGCUAUCAUUCCUAUAUGUGGAAUAACUUCUUUAAGCAUAUUGACAUAGAUCCAAAUAAUGCUCAUAUCCUUGAUGGGAAUGCUCCAGACUUACAGGCGGAAUGUGAUGCAUUUGAAAAGAAAAUUGAAGAAGCAGGGGGGAUUGAUCUGUUUGUUGGAGGCAUUGGUCCAGAUGGCCACAUUGCAUUCAAUGAACCCGGAUCAAGUUUGUCUUCAAGAACAAGAUUAAAGACUUUAGCAAUGGACACCAUUUUGGCAAAUGCUAAAUACUUUGAUGGAGACUUAUCUAAAGUACCAACUAUGGCGCUAACAGUUGGUGUGGGUACAGUGAUGGAUGCUAGAGAAGUGAUGAUUCUUAUAACAGGUGCACAUAAGGCUUUUGCAUUGUACAAAGCAAUUGAAGAAGGAGUCAAUCAUAUGUGGACAGUUUCUGCUUUCCAGCAACACCCUCGUACAAUCUUCGUGUGUGAUGAAGAUGCUACUUUAGAAUUAAGAGUUAAAACUGUGAAGUACUUUAAAGGUUUAAUGCAUGUGCACAAUAAGCUUGUGGACCCACUGUACAGUAUGAAAGAAAACUGAAGGAAGAAUUGAAGAGGAACUCCAUGUGGGUCAACAGCAACAGUUUUAGGUAGCAGAUGAGUUCACUGCUAUGCAAUAUGCUGAAAACUUUGAAUGGGGAAUCCUAGGUACUGUAUUUUUUAAAAGGUCCAAUAUCUGUACAUUCACAUUCCAUCUGUUUGCAGUGUUGUGCAUUUUGCUUUAAGACUUAGAGCUCUGUUGUUGGCUGGUACGUUACUAAAUGGAACAGAGUAAACCUGUGGGAGAUUGCAUGUUACGUAAGGGGGGAAAGCAGAGCACUUAUUCUAGCACAGCAAUGUAAUGCAUCUGCCUUGUAUUAGAGAAAAUGAUAUUUUAUUUCCAGGAAUUUGUAAUUUUUGGCUUGAUUAGUGUAACUACAUUUUGCAUUUGUAUCUCUAGGCAGGAUGGUUUUGGCCUCUGUUGAUACUAUGGACUUGUAGUAGUUGUACAAUUUCUACUAUGAAAUUUUCUGUUUACAUCUAAUGUACACUGAGCUUUUUGCACUUGGUUGCCUUAAAUUUAUCUUAAACAGUUUUUGGGCAUCUCAAGUCCUGCUGUACAAUUCAGGCAAAAAUACAAAAACAGUGCCUAAAAAUGUACCCAAUUCUUGAAAGUUGUAACUUAUUCCACAGAUAAAAAUAUUAAACUUCUGCCAUAGCACUUUUUCCUCUCAUGUAUUUCAAAUUACUUUAGGAUUUUUAUAUUUUUGGUAAUUGAGCUUUAUACAUAAGUAAAAAUCUAAAUGUUCCUUUCUGGAGGUACCUGUUUAAUUGUACCAUUGAUGUUACUAUUAAAUGCCUGAAAAGAGGUUAAUUUACAGGAAUGUAAUGUCUGCAAGUUUAAUACAUGAUCAUUAAAGUCAACUGUUAAUCACUUUGUAACAGUUACCUCUCUUGUAUCACUAUAAACAUUGAGCUGUUACAGGGAAUGUUAUUUCCUACUUUGAA